GCCCAUUCUUCUGUCCACAAUUACACACCUAUUCUUCUUUUCCCACAUAUGACAUUGACUUGCUCAAAGCGAAAGCGUUCAAUGGAAGACAAUCAAUUACCAACCCCUACAAAGACCGUUAGAUUCAGCACCGAGAAGGAGGAAGUCAUCUACACCUACUCACCCACCGACUACGAUCGUUCAGGCAUACAUUGUGUUCCUGUUCUUUAUACUGUCAACCCCGUUAUAUUUGAGUCGCGAAGGAAACUAAGUGUCUCUAUACCGGAAAAAGACUGCUCUUCCGUCUCAUCACCUACAGAAUCAGAUGUUUCCUCACCUGAAUACGACGCUCGGGAAACUUUCACUCGUAUCAAGAAAGGCCCAAAGCUAAGGAUAGACACAAGUAUUUGUCAAGGACCAUUAUUUUUCACCAAACUUUCUACGAAUCCUGCAAAGUCAAGUCUACCAGCGCUAGACGACGAUGACAACCACUUCUUAGUGCCACUGUACAGUUAAAAAAAUGAUAUCAACCGCCCUCACUUCUACCUUGCCUCGCCCACAAACUAAACAACAUGACACCCACACUAUUUUAAAUAUUGGACAGUUGAAGAAGGCUCUCACAGAAGCCCUUACGGCUC